CCUUCUCUUUUUUUGGCAAGUGACGCCCUCCUUUACCUUCUUAACCACUCCUGAUGGCCUCCUCCACCUCUCAUCCAUUGAUUCCACUCCCUCUCCUCCUCGCUCUCCUCUUUCUUUCAAACGCCGACCCGACCACCACCUGCUACACCUCCAUCUUUAGCUUCGGGGACUCCAUUACCGACACCGGAAAUUUUCUCAACUACACCAACUGUGGCCCAGAAGCCCGGCUUCCGUAUGGCAAGACUUACUUCCAUCAUCCCACCGGGCGGUUCUCUGACGGGCGAAUUAUCAUCGACUUUAUUGCACAAGCCAUCGGAGUCCCACUCGUGCCACCGUAUCUGGCAGGACCCGGCGAUCAUGGCUUCCGGCGUGGGGCGAACUUUGCCGUGGGAGGGGCGACUGCGCUGGAGAACGACUACUUCAGGGCUAGGGGUCUAAAUGUUAAUUGGACCGAGUACUCGUUGGGGACUCAGAUCGAGUGGUUCAAGCAACUGCUGCCUUCGCUCUGCUCCUCCGAUUCAGGUAAACCCUCUAAAUCCUGAGUACUGAUGUUCAACCCGGAAUAGAUGGAUCUGAGGGGCAAGAACAUGUUGAGGUCAACGGGUUCACGUCUUACUUUUUAGUUGAAGUUUGACCGGCAGAUCGUUGGAUUUGCUUCGGCCUCCGCCUUUUAUUUGCCGGAACUUCUUCAACAAUUUUUUUUUUUUUAAUUCAGAGACAAGGAGGAAGCAAAAUGUUUCCCCCAAUUUUAUUCAAUGAAAAAAAUUUACAAUACAGGAUGAUAGAGAAAAAGUGCCCCAAUUCAUAUUAGGCAACACUCAUAACCCACAAUCGACAAGCUCCCGUAGCAUUUCA